AUAAGAUUGAUGGUGUUUCAGCUGCCCAAUUUAAUUGUCACUUGAGGCACUAAUAGCUUUAGUGUCAAAGAUGGAGCGACAUUCUAGCAUUGUGAUGGAGUUGGGGGCUGAGACCUGCAAGGUGGGUCUCAGCAACCAGAGGACCCCCGCGUCUAUCCGCACCAUCGUUGGUCGCCCAAUAAACAAAGGUGGAAUUUCCAUCUUAAGGGACCAUUACGUUGGCGACGAGGCCCUUUUAAAACAGGAUGUCCUCGGUCUUCGUCGGCCCUUGCGAAGGGGCAGGGUUGACAGUUGGGACGACAUGAUCCUCCUGUGGCAAUACGCCUUCAAGGAAGUUCUCAGGGUGGACCCUGAGCAGCACCCCGUCCUACUCUCCGAACAGCCUCUAGUGCCGCCUGUCAAUCGGGAAAAAAUGACGCAGGUUCUUUUUGAAAACUUCAAUGUGCCUAAAAUGUACGUAGCCAGCCAGCCAGCUUUGACGCUCUUUUCCAUUGGCAAGACCAAUGGCCUCAUUCUCGACACUGGAUUGGACGCAACCUAUGCUGUGCCCAUUUAUGAUGGAUUUACUGUUAAGGAGGGAAUUAGAAGGGUGGACCUUGGGGGUAAUGAUAUUACUAAUUACAUGCAAAGGGAACUCGAGGCCAGAGGUGUAUUUACCCAGCAUGCAGACGUCCUGGUUCACAACCUUUGCUACGUAGCCACCGACCUCGAAGCAGAGUUGAAGAAUCCAAAUUUGUCAGCCUCUUUCCAACUGCCUGACGGACAGGUGGUUAAUGUUGAUUCAGAGAGAGUUCUUGCUCCCGAGGGACUCUUCAACACAGCCGUCUUUGGCUGCGAGGCCAUGGGUGUGCCUCAGUUGGUGUCCGAGGCCAUCCAGGACUGUCCGAGCGCUAUUCAGCAGACAAUUAGCAAGCAGGUGGUCAUUUCAGGAGGACCUCGAACGCUGCCAUAUCUUGCCGACCGCCUCCACACCGAACUGGAGGCCAGACUCGGGGGGCACUUGAAGAUCGGAGUCUGGGGUCAUGAAAACGGGCUUGUGCCCUCCGCCUGGAUGGGAGGUGCCAUUUUUGCCGAGCUCAAGCAAUUCCAGGACAUGUGGAUUACCAAAAAGGAGUACGACGAGCUUGGGCCUAAUGUUGUGCACAGGAAAUGUGAUUUGGUUUGAGCCAGAGUGAUUAAUUAUAACAUGUAAAUAUUGUUUGUCUUUCUUUCUUUCAAAAUCUUACAACAUUUAUUAAAAUACACUUUAAAGUACAGAA